UUAAAACUUUAGCAUCACAAAGCGUUACAGAUUACUUGUCGAGAAUUACAGGAAAAUUACAUUUAGCAUGUCCGAGUUUGAAAGCAAAUUGUCGCAGCUGCGUGCUUGUCUACAACAACGAGGCAUUCAACUGUGGGAGGAGCCGUACUAUUUGCAGGACGCGAGCACCAGCUCAGACUCAGCCAUGAACAACUUGGCAGAGGAAUUAAGUCGUGAGUUGCGCAUUAGUGAGCCCAGUUGCCGUAGUGCACUGACCGAACUGCAGAAUAAUGCGCUAAGGAAGCUGGCAGCACGUCGCCAGUUCAAUGAGACGGGCAUUGCAACAUUCUAUGUGCGCUGUGUCGACAGCGAGGGCGGCACGGCUAACAGGCUGGAGGUGAAGUGCGCGCUCAAAGAGCUGGGCGUGAACUUACAGCGACAAAUUGCCGAGCAGCUGAGGUUGAACGAGGCUGGUCAUGUAAAGUGCAUCUCUGCGGGACGCGUGCUGUUGCCGGAGCAGACGCUCGAGACUCAGGGACUGAAGAACAAUCAACACCUGUUGGUGAUUGUGACUCAGGGCAAUGCACAGGGGGAGACACUCUAUGGGCGCAUACGCCAGAUACAACGAGACGUGGAGAUGAUAGUGGAUUCAGGGCAUAGUUUUAUGGAGUUAGAGGAUCAGGAUGGCAAUGCCAUGUUCUUGCCGCCUGCAGAGAAUCGCGCUUUGCUGCUUGGCAUGGGUCUGUGUGAAAAGGCACGCGCUGCUCUGCGACGAGAGCACAUUGAUGAGGCAUUGUUGCUUUUUCUCGAGGCGGACGAAAAGUUCAGCAACUGCAACUCCAAGUUUCUAGAGGCUGUAGAUAACUAUGCGCUGCUCAAUCUGGAUAUUGUAUGGUGUUAUCUUUGCUUAAAGAACAUAACGCAAUUGCCUGAUGCACAGCGUCGACUGGACAUUUGUGAGCGUAUCUUUGCUCGCAGCUAUGGCGAAAACUACAGUCGCCUCUAUGAGCUCAAAGGUGUCAACUGUCCGGAACGUGCCCAUAUUAUGCGGCUUCAGCUGCUGCAAGGCAUUAUCCUGUUUCAUCAAAACCGCCCUCAGGAAGCGCUGGCACGCUUAGAGACUGCAGAUACUGCUUUAAAAGAUCUUAAAGUAGAUCCGGAACUAAUGCUACUGCUGAUCGAUAUGGGCUACAGCGAAUCCGAUGCACGUCUAGCUUUGCGGUCCAGCAAUGGAAAUGUUGAACAGGCCGUACAGUUUAUACAGCAGCGACAUCAGCGUAGACAGGCGGCACAACUUGGAUCUCAAUCGGAGCGAGAGCUUAGUAACCGACUGACUCAGCUGCAGCUGGGCAAUGAUUGGGUGCAUCCACGCAGCGUUUGUCGGCUAAUGGAGCUGGGCUAUGAGCGACCACUAGUGAUGGAGGCACUGCGACGCACUGACAAUGAUUUGGGGCGCAGUGUGGACUUGCUUCAGUCACAUGCGGGUGAGUUGCGUCGUAAUCUCCCAACUACAACAGCAGCGGAUGAACAGAUGUUGGACACAUUGGGUCAACUUGGCUUCAAGUUGCCUAUGGCGCGUGCCGCUCUUGAAACUACACAGAAUGAUUUCCAUCGAGCUGUGGACUUUCUGCUCAAAAGCUUUAGCAGCGAGCAGGAAUUGGUGAAUGUAAUUGAUUUCAUAUCCACAUUAACCUCCCGCACUGAGGAUGAUGAAGCUUCUACUUCAGCUUUUCCUGCUGCCUCACCCAGCAGGCUCGUAUUAGCGAAAGCUGUUCUUGCUAAGGCCAGUUCAGAAAUUGAAGUGUAUAGUGCUUUUAAGCGAUUCAACGAGGAUUUAGCUGACACUGAUGUGGGCUACUUGGAUCUGACAUUAGAGCAGGAAGAACGCGUACUAAAUGAAUACAAACAACUGUUGGAAUAAAAAUAAAUAAGUUUCCGCAGCAAA